GUCACCGCCGCCGCCGCUUGAGAGGAGGAGAGACGUUUAUUCAGCUGGUGGAUAAGGAAACGAGCGGAGGGCAGGGAUGAACAGAUAGAGGCACCAGCCAGUGAAUCAAUGAACGGAUCGCGACCGGGGCUUUUUCCAGAGUACCAAACCGGUUUUAGGUAUCGACCUACACUGAGCUGACCCAGAGCACAACUCGGUAGAGUCCAGUGAAGGUCCACAUCAGCAGAAAUGGCUCCGGCAGCCAUGUCUAAGCCUCCGUCCUCUCUCAACUCACUCCGCCCUUUCCACUUUUCUCCCUCUUCUUUCCUUCUCUGCCUCCUUCUCUCCUUCUUUUUGUUGCUGUCAUGCCCUGGAUCAGUCAGUGCAGGUGCCGGAAAGAAAAACUGUUCCUCUGGUGGAGACCCCUGUCAGGAAGGAGUGGUGCUGCCUGUGUGGAACCCUCAGAACCCCUCUGUAGGAGAUAAAGUGGCACGAGCCAUUGUUUACUUUGUAGCACUCAUCUACAUGUUCCUGGGCAUGAGCAUUAUAGCGGACCGGUUCAUGUCUUCUAUAGAGGUGAUAACCUCCCAGGAGAAGGAGAUCACCAUAAAGAAGUCGAAUGGUGAGACCACCACAGCCACCGUGAGAAUCUGGAAUGAGACUGUUUCUAAUCUCACUCUGAUGGCCUUGGGUUCCAGUGCCCCUGAGAUACUGCUGUCUGUUAUCGAGGUGUGCGGUCACGGUUUUGAGGCUGGUGAUCUAGGUCCCAGCACCAUUGUGGGCAGCGCCGCCUUCAAUAUGUUCGUCAUCAUCGCUCUGUGUGUGUAUGUGGUCCCCGAUGGAGAAACGCGCAAAAUCAAACACCUUCGGGUGUUUUUUGUCACGGCGGCUUGGAGUAUCUUCGCCUACAUCUGGCUCUACCUGAUUCUGAGUGUCUUUUCCCCUGGAGAGGUGGAGGUGUGGGAGGCAGUGCUUACUUUCCUCUGCUUCCCACUCUGCGUGGUCCAGGCCUGGGUGGCCGACCGCCGCCUUCUCUUCUACAAGUAUGUCCGCAAGCGUUACCGUGCCGACAAGAAUCGGGGAAUCAUCAUUGAGACAGAGGGUGGGGCUGAUGGAGGUCUAGGCAUGGAUGGAGGAGGAGGGGGUGGAGUGCUAGGUCCAGGGGGCUUCACCAAGAUGGACAUGCUGGAGCUGGACGGACAGAUAGCGCUGAACUGUCACAGCGGGAUGGAUGGAGGCAUGAUGGAGGAGGGAGGAGCAAAGGACGAUGAGGACGAGGCUAGGAGGGACAUGGCAAGGACGCUAAAGGAGCUGAAGCAGAGGCACCCGGAUAAAGACAUGGAGCAGCUCAUUGAGAUGGCUAAUUAUCAGGUGAUUUUUUGCCCGGUCCUAAUGCAGCAGCAAAAGAGCCGAGCAUUUUACCGCAUCCAGGCAACCAGGAUGAUGAUCGGAGCAGGUAACAUCCUCAAGAAGCACGCUGCUGACCAGGCCCGCAAGGUGGUAAGCAGCCAUGAGACCCAGGCCCAGGAGGAUGACCCUCACACCAUCAGGAUUGAGUUUGAACCCUCUUUGUAUCAGUGCUUUGAAAACUGUGGUUCCCUGAAACUGACCGUUGGCAGACAUGGAGGUGACCCCGGAGUUACUGUCAAGGUGGAUUAUCGCACAGAGGACGGUACGGCCAACGCAGGUUCAGAUUAUGAGUUUGCAGAGGGAACGCUACUGUUCAAGCCGGGAGAAACCCUCAAAGAGAUCACAGUGGGCGUCAUUGAUGACGACAUCUUCGAGGAAGAUGAGUAUUUCUACGUUCACCUCAGUAACCCUCGUGUCGUUGGCUAUCCGGAGAUUGGCACUGCACCUCUGGAUGCCAGCGCUACCCCGAAAGCCGUGCUGGGUGACAACCACACUGCCACAGUGACCAUCUAUGACGAUGAUCACGCAGGCAUCUUUACAUUUGAAAGUGCCACUCAGAGGGUGAGUGAAAGUGUUGGCGUGAUGGAGGUGAAGGUGCUCAGGACGUCGGGGGCUCGAGGCCUGGUCGCCAUUCCCUAUCGAACCUUGGAUGGAACCGCUAAGGGAGGGGAGGACUACGAAAUGGCUGCAGGCAAGCUGGAGUUUCAGAAUGAUGAGACUAUGAAGAUCAUUGAGGUGAAAAUCAUUGAUGAUGAAGAGUAUGAGAAGAACAAGACCUUUACCAUCGAGCUGGGAGAGCCUGUUCUGUUGGAGAUAGGACAGAAACACGGUGACUCAAAUGAAAACAAGCCUUUGGUGGGGGCGGAGGAGGAAGAGGUGGCCAAGAUGGGCUGUCCCAGUUUGGGCGAACACACACAGCUAGAAGUGGUCAUAGAAGAGUCCUACGAGUUCAAGAGUACAGUAGAUAAGCUGAUCAAGAAGACAAACUUGGCCUUGGUGGUGGGAAGCAGCAGCUGGAGGGAACAGUUUGUCAAUGCUGUUACAGUCAGUGCAGGAGAUGAUGACGAGGAGGAGAGCGGCGAGGAGCGGCUGCCCUCCUGCUUCGACUACAUCAUGCACUUCCUCACUGUCUUCUGGAAGGUUCUGUUCGCCUUCGUCCCUCCCACAGAGUACUGGAACGGCUGGGCCUGCUUCAUCGUCUCCAUAUCGCUUAUCGGCGUCCUCACCGCAGUCACGGGCGAUCUGGCAUCUCACUUCGGCUGCACGAUAGGACUGAAGGACUCGGUGACGGCUGUUGUGUUUGUAGCGCUGGGAACAUCAGUGCCAGACACAUUUGCCAGCAAGGUCGCCGCCAUCCAGGACCAGUACGCUGACGCCUCCAUCGGCAACGUCACCGGCUCCAAUGCGGUUAACGUCUUUCUGGGCAUCGGCGUGGCAUGGACCAUCGCUGCCAUCGCCUGGCGCUCCAAGGGCAAACCUUUCAAGGUGGACCCAGGAAGUCUGGCCUUCUCUGUCACCCUCUUCACUAUCUUAGCUGUGGUGAGCGUGCUCACGCUUCUGUACCGGAGGCGGGCAACAGUCGCCGGUGGCGAGCUGGGUGGGCCGCGGACUUGCAAAAUAAUAACGUCGCUGAUGUUUGUGUCAUUGUGGCUGAUUUACAUCCUGCUGGCUUCCCUGGAGGCCUAUUGCCAUAUACCAGGGUUUUAAAUGGAGAGGAAAGCAGAGGGAGAGAGAGGCCCACUGCCAAUAUGAAAAGAGAGAGAGAGCAAUGCAGCAGUCUUGAGAGAGGGAGAAGAGAUGGAUCGAUAUGGGCCGACUUUUCAGGAAAUCUUUAAAUCCGUCCAAAGACUAUUUCAGUUUUUCAUCAGAUAUGUUUUUUCCCUACAUUCCUCUCUGUCCUGAAAAACAGAGAGUGAGUCCUCAUAAACAGUAAAACUUGCCAAAUGUCCAAAUUAAUAAUUAUUUAUUCUACAUUAGCAGCUCUUUUAGACAGGAAGCCCCUCCCUCUGGUCUAGUUAUGAGGAAACGUCUCGAAUACUUAAAAUUAAAAUGCAACAUUGUGAAAAAAAGGUAUAAAACUGACUUUUGAGGGUGCUUCUAAAAUCAGCAGUUGACAACAAAGUGUACAGGCUCAUGUUGUCCUAAUAUACUGCCAAGACAGCUGGAACGAAAAGACGAUCAGCUGGCUUCUGAAGAGAAAAUAGGUUGAGAGUGAGGAUUAAAGUGAGAUAUAAAAAUGGAAAAGAUGAGAAAAGAAGAAACAGAAAUAGAGAAAGAAGAAAGUGUGUAUAGCAUAAACAAGAAUAUGUGGUAAAAAUCUUUUACUGCCCUGCAUUAGUCACUCGUUCGCUCCCUCCACCUUUACCGUAUCAGUGGACGCUCUUGUCUGAACAUUUGAGCUCUAAUACUGACAGUGACUUAACACUUUUAAUCCCUCUUCCACCAAAUGCGCACACACACACACACACACUCUCACAUAUACACACUCUUGGGGCCCUCUGGUGAUUCUGCAGUUGCGGGGACCAAGUUGCGGGCGAGAUGAAAACUGACCACCUUUCAUUUAAAUUUUUUUGUCUUUUUAUUCUUUUCUUCCUCGGUACACUGUGCAAAAUAGUCCCUCCACAGACAAACACACACAUACACACCAUACACUUUCCUCAGACCCUUGCUCUUGCCUUACUUUUAUCUUCCCCGUAGGAAUAAAGUCUUAAAGUUGUGAUAAUGAAAUGUUGUAGUCAGCACCGACCAACCUGCCCUCUUUUUAAUUGAGCCAGUUUCUGUUUCAUUUUGGCAUCUGUUUAAUGCCAAAUCCCCACACUUUUUACUAAACUUUUGAGUGGCGUCACGUGUUGAUGUUGUUACCGUGCAAUUGUAAAAAAUAACAACAAUGAAAAACCGUAUAAAUGCAGCGUGAUCUGAUAAUGGAUAAGACAAAUUCAAGUGAAGAAAUCUCUAAAGUGGGGAGGAAGAACCAACAAGAACAUAGUCCACCAAGAAAAAGCUGAAGCAUUGUGCACGACACAUCGUGAGGUGCAUUGUUUACACUUUAAACUAUCGAUAAUGUGAACAACUUAGAGCCAAGCAGGGACUUCUGUGAUGCCGUCGAUGAACAACACAAGAAUUGGAGCAAAGGAUCGACUGCGAGACUACGAUGACGACGGUGUUGACGACAAAUCAGAACCAUGACUACAGCCAGUGUUUCUAAUUGUACAUGAGAACAGAAACUGUCGUUGAUGUGUGUGUGAGAAGUCAUUGAUAUUCCCUCUAUCUUAAGCCCCACUCUGUAAGUACAACUCUGGAGGUAUUCAAGAGAGACUCAUGUGGACUUUUUUCUCUGAAACAAAGAGAAACGAGAGGACAUUUUUAAGGAAACCCAAUGCAACAAGAAGCGUGUGAACAUAAAACCAGAGGAGAGUGAGACACUUUGAGGGAAAUGUACGGCAGCUCUGAAAUAUCACACGACUGUUCUGCUCCAGUCGGGACAUUUCUUUGUAAUCUAAACAAAAAACUUUAAAAAAAUAUAUACAUAUAAAUCACAAGUGUGUGUUAUCCAAAGAUGAGAUAGAAGAAAAUAGUCACAGAUCACGUUUUCAGUGUGCAGUCUACAAGCUGCUGGUUGUAGUUUGUAAAAGAACAAAACAAACAAAAUAACUGGCAAGAAUUUCAUAAAGGUGUUCACACUACAGAUAUAUGUGGUAAAUGAUCUGGUAUAUUUUAUGGGUAAAACUGUGCUAUUUAUUAUGUUUUUGUGAAAUGUUUUUUCUGUGAAACUCAGGCGUGGCGUGCGUGGAAGUGAAAGUAAGAUAUUCAGAAUAGCUAAAAACGAGAAUAUUAGGCCAUGUAUCGUGUGAACUCAACUGUUUUGUCAUCCGUGUCUGUCGUUUAAAGUGUCAAAGCCCAGAUCUGCAUUAUGUGGUGUUAAUAGCCCGGUCCUGCCCGGAGGCUGGACCGAAGCUGGACAGAAGGCAUGGCAUAUGGCUUGUCAGUGUAGAUUAUUAUUAAAUGCUUUUUCCCUUUGUUGAAAACAGUAUAGAAAGAGAUACUCUGCAGGAAGUGAGCGAUUUUCCUCUCAACUACCCACCAUGCUGACGAUGAUCAGCAAGAAAAAUCAUCCUGAGAUAAACAAUAAUUUAGCUUUUUGGUUUGUUGACUGACAGAAGAAUAGGACCGAAAACAACAAUUUACCUGCCUGCCAUCCUGAUUGUUAAAUAUGGACAACCCACUCACUGCUGUCAGCCCGUAUAAAUGCAGACAUGACAAAGGCACCUUAAGUUGUGACCAUCCACGCCUCUGAUACAGCCCCGCCAAGUUCGGUGGAUGUAGAAAUGGAGUAUAAGUGGGUGAUUGGUGCAAACAGGCAUUGCUCUAUGGGGGUAAACAUUCCUGUAUCCAUUGCACCUUCACUCUAAUGUUACAUUUCUAUGGUACAUCUUUUUGCUGCAGGAAAUUAAGGAAAGCUGUUUUCCCAGCCUACUUUCAGUGAUAGAGUUUGGACACCUGCCAUAUUCCUUUUAGCUGCAAAGAUUUAACAUUGCUCUACAGAAGUUAAACAUGAUGACAUACCCUGUCCCAACACCUGAGGUCAUGUUAAGUCAGCCUAAGGCAACUCUACUGUCCAUGUGAAAGGUCGGGAUAGUCCAAAAGCCAAAUUUUGAAAAUCUGCCACAUUGGGAAGAUGUAAACUGGAAGUAUUCAGUGGGUUGUUAAUAGUUUGUAGUAUACCUGAUACUAAGUAUCAAAUUUCGAAGAAGUUCUAUCCAGAUCAUAUAGUAUCUAUAAUAUAAUUAGCACUGUCAGAAUUAAUCUCGUUAAAAUGACGUUAACGCCAUAACCGCAUUAGCAAAUCUCUGUUAGCGAGUUAGCGCGAAUCGCCCCACGCAUGGGGCUGCACAUUGACAAUGCGUUAGCUCAGUUAGCUCGUUAACACGUUAGCGCCAUCCAGCCCCACGCACGGGGCAAUCCGCGCUAACUCGCUAACGGAGAUUUGCCGCGUUAAUGCAGUUAUGGCGUUAACGUCAUUUUAACGAGAUUAACGCUGACAGCACUAAAUAUAAUAUAUAAUGAUAAGUCACAGUAAAACUAAGAUAUGUGCGUUUGUACGUUGAGAUUUGCCUGAUAGGUUGAGAUUGCGUCCACGCUCCUAACUUUAAGCCUUACCAGUAAAAAAAACCACAACUUUAAAAAUCAGUCAUAUUUGUACGAGGCUAAAUUUGUGAAUUUCACGGCUGAGGCUGGUCAUUUUAACAUUUAACAUUCACACCCUUUAAUGAUCUGUAAUUAUUUGGUCUCAGCACAUAAUAUGUUGAAACCUAGGCCUGAACCCUCCACGACCGAGGUCAGUGUUUCAAUGUUUGACAUGACUUGCACAUUGCCGUGACCCCUGCCAGCCUGUUACUAGGGCCAAACUCUUUCUUUUUUUUUCUCAAUGACUUAAGCUUCAGUAACAGUUGCCAGUUUCCGAAUGAGUGGGCAGGAUAAUAGUGCUGCUGACGCCACAGGAACACAGGAAUACUGGGACGGAUUUAGAAAUGUAGGCUUUUUAAAGGUUGAUAAGCCUUGCUGGAGGACGACUGAAAGUGUUUGCGUGUGUGUCUGAGUUUGUGCGUGUGCCUGCUCUCUAAGUGAAUGAAGAAAUGCGACCAUAUUUUUAGUCUUUUGCCUGUUGCUUAGCGACCAUCUAUCUGUUAGCCGUUGUCUUCUUGACUGUUGCUGGUGUGUGCGAGACACUUCAUGUGUGUGUGUGUGUGUGUGUGUGUGUGUGUGAGUGAGAGAGAGAGAGAGAGAGAGAGAGGUUUUCUUGUAAUAUUUCUCACUUGCCCUUGUUCUAAUGAAUGUGACAGACUAUGGACGACUGUCACAUUUAAAAAAAGGAAAUAAGUUGUUUAGCUUUCAGUUCUCAUGCUGCUUGAUUCUUCCAGAAGAUUCUCUAAUUUGGUGUUUUGACAAUGGUAAUAAUAUGUCAGUCCAAAAUCUCAAGUCUGUUCCAUUAAUUUGAGAUCAUUUGACUGCUCAGACCAUUCCAAUCAUCUCUCACAACUGGUCAGUGGGAACAUUGCUGAGACCACGCCCACCAGGAUUUCAUUCUAGGACAAAAGUGGGCACAUUUGCUUUGCAGUGACCCUUCCACUCACAAAUGGACCUAAACAAUGUCAACACAAUGCCCCUGUCACACGUAUGUUACUCAACAUGUGGUUUUUGCUUCCCAUCGUUUGCAUGUGUAUCCAUUGUAUGUCUAUGUCUGUCUGUGCCUUUCUGUGUGCUGGUGCACCUGUGUGGGUUGUAAUCUCCUUACAAGGGCUCGCCCCACAUGUCCCUAGCUGACUCCCAUAUGCUAGGUUAAUGAAUUUGAAUGCCAACCUGACCCACAGUAAAAAUGCCUGGAAAUUGGAUUUUCUCCCAUGCCUGCAUGUGCGUCUGAAAUGGAGAUAGGGAGGCAGGUAAAUUGUGGCCGGUACUCUACCCCCAUCAGGUGUCUUUGUGUCUGUACCUGUCAAAUAAGAUUAUAUAUAUAAUCGAUCUGGCUGUCUAUCGAGACUGGAAAGCUGGCACCUUUCUUUAAAAACGAAUAUGCGUGUGUAUGUGAGUGGAGUUUGGGAAUGCCUGUCGUACACUGAGGUCACAGACUCCACAUCUCUUGACUGACUGAUGAGGCACACACGCUCUUGCACACAAUAUUUCAUCAUCAAUUCACUUGCAAAAAUUCAGAAGAUGAAAAUGGAACCAUGUGUAAAAAAUCUAACACUUAAAAGUAGUUACAUUGUGACAGCAGCAGUUAAAAGUAUUUAACUCAUUCAAUCAAGUGUAAUUAUAUGAUUUGCUGUGUGUGUGUGUGUGUGUGUGUGUUCUAGUCCAGCUAUCAUAGUGAGGACCAGAUGGUAUUGUAGAACACUACAAUAAGGACAUUUUGGAAAGUGAGACCCUUUUGGUCUGUCCUCACUUUUUCAACCGGUUGUGAAAAAGGGUCUGUGUCUGUUUUGUGGGGUUUAACAGAUGUACUGCAUCUAUCUGAAUUUUGAAAUGGAAAGCUUAUUUAAGAGUAUUUGUUUUCAGGUAAACCUGGAAACCAGCGGCAAUGUUUUGCUAUUGUCAUUCAUUCAUUUUUCCAAGAUCUAUUAUUACAUAGUUUGUAUUAUUUUUCUGACCACAAAAAUGUCCAGCAGCUGAUCCAUGUGAAAACUAGAAGACAUUAUUAAAUAAAUUAUUUAAAAAUAAAUUUAAAAAAACCAUGAAUAAAUACAGACAAAACACCUAACCUUGAAAAAAAUGAAUGUUAUUCAUUACUCUAAUGAGCUGAGUAUUAAUAGUGUAAAUCAUUACUACAGAGCUAUUUGUCAAUGAUAAUUUGGAAUAUUUUGUCUGUAUUCAUUUAUAUAGAGUAAAAAUUUAUUUCAAGAACUUGGAGUGUCUCGGCGCAUGAAGACACCAGUCUGUUUCACACAGUGACGAGUCUGUUGUAUACUUUACCAAGUGUUUGCUUAUAUAUGUAAAGAAUCUGUUGUGAGUAACACCUGAACAAAUUAACAAAGAACACAUUUUUAGCGUUUUUGUGCUUUGCCACAUUUCUGGUUUGAAACCAUAUGUAGUGUAUCCAUGCGUGAAAGACAAAAGAGUAUUUUUCUUUUUUUUUCAGUUCUCACCCCCUCCAUUGUUAGCCACUACGUUGCUCGCUACCUUAUAUUUUUUUUCACUGUAUACUCACGCCGCCCUAUUUAUGAGCUCACAAAGUGCUUUUUAAUAUAAACAUCUGGUAUUUUUUCAUUCAUUUUAUUAUUAUCUUAUUGUGCUUUUCAUUGCAUUGUUUUGUGUUGUUUUGGUGAUUUUUGUAAUGGAUACAAAAAAAAUCCCUCACAAAGUAGAACAAGAACAUAAGAGUGUACUCUUAUUGUUUUCAUUAUGUGUGUGUGUGUGUGUGUGUGUGUGUGUGUGUGUGUGCUUGUGUGUGUGCUUGUGUGGAUGUGUGCAUAUGUGUGAGCUGUUCAUAUCAUACUGUGCAAGAGUGUGUUAUUGCAUGAAUUAAAGUCAUUCAGAAUACAGCGUUCGAUGUUGGAAAUGUUGUAGUAAAGAGUAUUUUUAAAUGCUGAAAAUGACAUGAUAUGAAACAUGAUAUAUAGACCAAACUUUUCUUUUCUCUUUUUUUUCAAAAAUGAAAUAAAACGUGACUGGAAAAUG